GCGACGAACUGGUAUCAGGGUGUUCUUAUCGAUAUUCUUGAUGUCAUUGAGCUGGAUAGUUCCCCCGCUUUAAAUUUUUUACGAAUAGCAGGCUAGAGAGAAAAAAUUACACGGUGUUUCCGCUGUACGCUAUGGAUUUCCACGCGACCGAAGAGAUGGACAGGCUCCAGCUGUCUGACGAAGACACAGAAGAGCUGUGGAAUUCGCCCUCGCAACGACACAAGAAGCAGUCACAUCGAGCACCCCGUGAGGAACGACUGGCCUCCCCCGCCAGGGGACGGUCACCGGACGGCGAGACGCUGUUUGACCAGCAGGAGGCGCGGGAGGUGGCCCUUCGGAACGAGCUGCAGAGUGUUCGCAAUAUCAACCAGGUGAUUGAGGGCCUGCUAGAUAGUCUAGAUCGUGCCAAGGGCAACAUGGAUACCGUGUCACGCACCGUGCAAUCUGCGUCGACCCUUCUCAACACAUGGACCCGGAUACUCUCGCAGACGGAGCAUAACCAGCGACUCAUCCUCAAUCCUGAUUGGCAAGGAGCCGCGCAAGAUAUCACGGACAUGGAACAAGAAGCCAUACAGAAACAGCAGGAAGCGGAACGACGCGAACUGGAGCUGCAGCAACGGCGAGAAGCCGCAGCAAGGAAGGCCGAAGAAGACGAGCGACGGAGGAGAGUACAGGCAAGCUCCACCGGGGUCAAGAGUACGCGCGGGAUCGCUCGAGGUCGAGCCCGGCCGACCAGCGUGGGCCGAACCCCGAGCGUCUCCUACUCGACCACCAGCAGCAGUGGAACAAGAGUCCCGAACCGGUCGAUGACUGCAACAACCGCGACGACGACCACGAGUGCAGCCGGGACCACAGCGAGCAGACGGCCGGCGAGUGGGAUUGCGCGUGGGACGGGGAUCGCGCGAGGGCGUUCCAGGGGAUGA